AUGAAGCUCUUUACCGCUCUCGCUACAGUCAUAGGUCUAGCAGGUCUAGCCCAAGCUCACAUGGAAAUGAUAUACCCAGCACCCUUCAAGAGCAAGAAGAACCCCUACGCCAACGGCGACAUCGACUACAGCAUGACAUCUCCCCUCUCCGGCAGUGGAAGCAACUUUCCCUGCAAGGGCUAUCACUCUCUUUUCGGCACCGCAGCAGGUGCACCAACGGUUUCCUGGACAGCUGGUAAAUCGUACAACAUCGAAAUUCAAGGCGGCGCAGAUCACUCCGGUGGAAGUUGCCAGGCCUCACUCUCUUUUGACGGAGGUAGUUCCUGGAUCGCUAUUCAGUCUUGGAUCGGCAACUGUCCCAUCGCUCCGACUUCCAAGUUCAAGUUCACUCUUCCUAUUGAUACGCCUGGCGGUACUGCCAUCUUCGCUUGGUCUUGGUUUAACAAGAUUGGCAAUCGCGAGAUGUACAUGAACUGCGCUGCUAUCAAGGUCAAGGCUAGAACUGGUACUCCCAAGACACCAAUGAGCAAGCGCCCUGCUAUGUUUGUCGCCAACGUAGGUAAUGGAUGUGGUACCAGGGAGACUGUUGAUCUUAUGUUUCCCAACCCCGGUCCUGAUGUUUCUUUGAAUUCGCGCAAUACUGGUCCGCCGGUCGGUCAGUGUCCAGCUGGUUCUGGAGCUGCUGUUCCUACGCAGAAGAGCACUACCAAGCCUCCCACCAAGGCCACAGCCACCAAACCACCUGGCGGCGUCUUCAUCACAGUCCCUACUCCCACAACCACCAAGAAGACAACCCUCAAAUCAACCACUCGUUCAACUUCAACAAAUGUCAUUCCUCCUGCACCCACCAAGCCUGCCCGGGGUCUAAUUACGCCUGGAACACCCUGCACACCUGAAGGGUACUGGAACUGCGUCAAAACCGGUACAGCAUUCCAGCGCUGCGCAUCUGGUAUGUGGUCAGUUAGCAUGGCUGUCGCGCCUGGAACAAAAUGUGUACCCGGUCAAAGCAUGGAAUUCAAGAUUGGAUAUGCAUAA